UAAUCUUUAUGUUUGUACACAGUGAGAAAGUUGCUAUUCAGACUAUGAAGACCCACGAUUGGCAUCUUGAAGGAGCAUUGGAAGCAUUCUACAACGAGGGAAAUGCUAAGGCAGUUCAAGAGAAAAAUCGAUGGGAGGUGCUUUUCAAUAAAUACAAAGACCCGAAGGCUGACAUGAUUAUGGCUGAUGGUAUUAGCAACCUCUGCAAUGACCUUCAGGUUGAACCUCAGGAUAUAGUUAUGUUGGUGCUUUCAUGGCACUUUCAAGCUGAAACCAUAUGUGAAUUCUCCAAGCAGGAGUUCAUUGGUGGAGUACAGUCUCUUGAAAUAGAUUCAUUGGAGAAGUUCAAGAAAAAAAUCCCAUUUUUGCGAUCUGAGCUGAAAGAUGAAGAUACUUUCCGUGAAAUUUACAACUUUGCUUUUGAUUGGGCAAAAGAAAAGGGUCAGAAAUCUUUGGCCUUGGAAACGGCAAUUGGUUUGUGGCAGUUAUUCUUUGCAGAAAUGCAGUGGCCAUUGGUUGAGCAUUGGUGUCAGUUUCUCGAGGAACGGAAUAUGAAGGUUAUCUCACGUGAUGUUUGGCUACAGCUACUGGAAUUUGCAAAGACUGUGGACUCUACAUUAUCAAACUAUGAUGCUGAAGGAGCUUGGCCUUGUCUUCUUGAUGAAUUUGUUGAAUACUUGAUUGAAAAUGGUCAUUGUGGGAAAAAGUCGGAUGAAUGAUUGAAUCCUGAAGUACCGAUGGAGUGCUGUCACUUUCAAUGAUGUGAAAUGUUCUUUUUUACUUUUUGCUUCCAAGAACAACUCCUUGUACAAAAUAAGUGAGGUAAAGGACCACUUGGAAUUGUAGAUGAGUCUUGCGUGUUCCUGUACUUGUCCUCACUGUCGAUUCAAAGUUAUCAUUUUUUGUUUGGAUUUACUUGAUUUAUUAAUGAGUCAUUCUUUGGAAAAACUCCCCAAGAGCAAAAAAUUAGGGGAACUGA